GCUCAGCAACGGGCUGCUACACGCGCCCUCUCCAAGAUGUCCACCACAUCCUCCAAUGCCAACCCCAACCCAAGCGCAGUACCACGCCCCUGCCCAUUCCAGAUCGACAGGGUAGACCACAUCGUCCUCCAGUGUCAAGACGUCCAAGCCACCAUCCUGUGGUACACCAAAUACCUAGGGAUGAAACACGAGCGCUUCCACACCGCAGGGGGAGAACGUCACGCACUCCGGUUCGGCCAGCAAAAGCUCAACCUACACCCCUCUUCCGCCCCGUACCAGCCACACGCCGCCCUCCCCCUUCCAGGCACUCAAGAUCUCUGCUUCGUCCUCUCACCCCCGGCGACGGCAGACCGGGUACUGGAGUAUUGGAGAGAGGAGGGGCUGGAGAUUCUUGAGGGAGGUGUGGUUGGCCGGACGGGAGCGGUAGGCGGGCUCAGGAGUGUAUAUACAAGGGAUCCGGAUGGUAACUUGAUCGAGGUGUCUAACUAUGUUUAGCUGUCUUCUUUUGCCUAUUCCCGUAUGUAUGUCCCCUUCCAAGAAGCGUGGAUGUUGUACAACUACGAAAUGUAAUGCUG